AUGUUGAAUAUGUAUGGGACUAUUUAUAAUCCACCCACCCACCUGUUUACUUCUUCUGUGAAGGAGCUCUCACAAGGUUAUAAUGCUGUCUCUGGAACUGUAAAUUCGGGUCUGUCCAACAUAACAUCAAAUAACCCAGUUAGUCCGGCCCAUUGUCAGUCGUCUGUAGUCGGACCAAUCGGGUGCGGAUCUUCAGGCUCCACUGUUAAUAAUGGCAAUCAUUCUCUUCCACCCCUCUGUGGGAUGGCUUCUAAAACACCUGGGGCUCCGUACGGGAUUAGUAAUGGACCGACUGAAGUUGUUCAUAACAACAUCAGUAAUGGAAGUGCAGCAAACGGUAGUGGAUCCUCUCCUCCUGUUGUAGGUGGUGUUGGAGACGCACCUCCUUUAAGCGUUGGAGGAGCUGGUAGUAGUGCAGGACCAGGAAGUAAUAGCAGUGGCUCUGGUGGUGCCGGUGGAUCUAUUGGAGGGAGUGGGAGUGGACACUCGUCUGCGUCUACUCAACAUCUUAUACAAUUUGAGCCACCUGCUCGACCUGGAAGAGGUUCAGAGGGUCGCUGCAUCAGUUUAAGAGCUAAUCACUUUGAAAUAAGAAUGCCUAAAGGAUUUCUUCAUCAUUAUGAUGUCUCUAUCACACCUGAAAAAUGUCCAAGACGCGUAAACCGUGAAAUAAUCGAGACUAUGGUCAAUUCAAUGCACUAUCAAAAAUACUUUUACAACCAGAAACCAGUCUUUGAUGGUCGCAGAAAUAUGUAUACUCGUGAGCCACUUCCAAUCAGUAAAGAGAAGGUUGAACUGGAAGUUACUCUACCUGGAGAAGGAAAAGACAGAGUUUUUCGUGUUGCCAUUAAACAUGUUUCAGAAGUCUCUCUUUUCGCCUUGGAAGAAGCUCUAGGUGGUCAUAACCGACAUAUUCCAAAUGAUGCUGUCAUAUCGUUGGAUGUUAUCAUGCGUCAUUUACCGAGCAUGAGCUACACGCCAGUUGGUCGAUCUUUUUUUCAAAAUCCUGAUGGAUAUGAAAAUCCUCUCGGUGGUGGUCGAGAAGUAUGGUUUGGUUUUCAUCAGAGUGUUCGACCUUCUCAAUGGCGUAUGAUGCUAAAUAUCGAUGUAUCUGCGACUGCAUUCUACAAAGCACAAUCUGUUAUUGAUUUUAUGUGCGAAGUAUUAGAUAUAUCGGAUAAGAAUGAACAACGUCGACCAUUAACUGAUAGUCAGCGAGUGAAAUUUACGAAAGAAAUUAAAGGUUUAAAAGUUGAGAUCACUCAUUGUGGUACAAUGCGACGUAAAUAUCGUGUGUGUAAUGUGACACGACGACCUUCUCAAACUCAAUCAUUCCCUUUACAAUUGGACACUGGUGCUACAGUUGAAUGUACUGUUGCUAAAUACUUUCAAGAACGUUAUAAUAUACGCCUAGACUACCCUCAUUUGCCAUGUCUUCAAGUUGGUCAGGAACAAAAGCACACGUAUUUACCAUUAGAGGUUUGUAACAUGGUAGCAGGUCAGAGAUGUAUUAAAAAGCUAACUGAUAUGCAGACAUCUACUAUGAUUAAGGCUACAGCUCGUUCAGCCCCCGAUCGUGAAAAAGAAAUCAAUAAUCUUGUGAAGCGAGCUAAUUUUAAUGCUGAUCCUCAUUUACAAAUGUUCGGCAUUAAUGUUAACACACGUAUGGCUGAAAUCCAAGGUCGAGUCAUUCCUGCGCCAAAGAUUCAGUAUGGUGGACGUACUAAAGCUCAAGCUUCUCCACAGCUUGGUGUAUGGGAUAUGCGAGGUAAACAAUUCUUUUCAGGCAUUGAAAUAAAAGUUUGGGCCAUCGCUUGUUUUGCACCACAGCGUAUCGUUCGUGAAGAAUCACUCAGACUGUUUACUCUACAACUUCAGAAAAUUUCCAAUGAUGCUGGUAUGCCUAUUUUAGGACAACCUUGUUUUUGUAAAUAUGCUACUGGUCAAGAUCAAGUUGAACCAAUGUUUCGAUAUUUAAAGAAUACUCAUGCUGGUUUACAGUUGAUUGUAGUUGUUCUUCCUGGGAAAACCCCUGUUUACGCUGAGGUCAAGCGCGUUGGCGAUAUUAUGUUUGGUCUUGCAACACAAUGUGUUCAGUCAAAAAAUGUAAAUAAAACAUCACCUCAAACACUCUCUAAUCUCUGUCUUAAAAUCAAUGUUAAAUUAGGCGGUAUCAAUUCUAUUAUCGUUCCAAGCGUCCGACCUGCUGUUUUCCGUGAACCAGUUAUCUUUCUUGGUGCAGAUGUUACACACCCUCCAGCUGGUGAUAAAACUAAACCAAGUAUUGCUGCCGUUGUUGCUAGCAUGGAUGCACAUCCAAGUCGUUAUUCAGCUACUGUACGUGUUCAAUCGCAUCGUCAAGAAAUUAUACAUGAUUUAUAUCCAAUGGUUAGAGAUUUGUUACUGCAGUUCUAUCGAGCUACUCGUUUCAAACCAACUCGUAUUAUUUACUAUCGAGACGGUGUUGGUGAAGGUCAAUUUUUAAAUGUUUUAAAUCAUGAACUCCGUGCUAUCCGUGAAGCAUGUGUCAAAUUAGAAUUAGGCUAUCAGCCUGGUAUUACUUUCAUUGUUGUGCAAAAGCGGCAUCAUACACGUCUAUUUUGUGCUGACAAAAAAGAUCAGAUGGGUAAAUCUGGGAAUAUACCUGCUGGAACAACAGUUGAUCAAGUUAUUACCCACCCAACGGAAUUCGAUUUCUAUUUGUGUAGUCAUGCAGGUAUUCAAGGCACUUCACGACCUAGUCAUUAUCAUGUAUUAUGGGACGAUAAUAGAUUUAGUGCUGAUGAUAUACAAAAUUUAACUUAUCAAUUAUGUCAUACAUAUGUACGUUGUACUCGUUCUGUGUCAAUUCCUGCUCCAGCCUAUUAUGCACAUUUAGUUGCAUUUCGAGCACGAUAUCAUUUAGUUGAAAAAGAAAUAGAUAGUGGUGAAGGAAGUCAAAAUCAGGCAAUUCAGAUGAACGUACACCUACGGCUAUGAUGAGGGCUGUUACAGUUCAUCCAGAAACCUUAAGAGUCAUGUACUUUGCCUAAUGUUUACACAUGUCGAACAAACUGUGAACUUCCCCCCCCCCAAAGAAAUUUAGCUCUCAUUCACAUUGUCUUUGCUAAAGCAAACAAGAUAGCCAAGGCAAACACAACUGACCUACAAUAACCACCUCUCAGUUGGCAGCUGUAA